AUGGGCCCCAGGGGCAGGCAGAGCCCCUCAUCUCCACUGGCCCCCACCCAGGGGUCUUGCUUCUUCAUCCUCUUCUGCUUGCACUUAGGUACCUCCUGCCCACAGGCCUGCCAGUGCCCUGACCAUGCUGGGGCUGUGGCUGUCCAUUGCAGCUCAAAAGGCCUGCAGGAGAUCCCCAGGGACAUCCCAGUGGACACGGUGCUUCUGAAGCUAGAUGCCAACAGAAUCUCCCGAGUCCCCAACGGAGCCUUCCAGAACCUGCCUCAGCUGAGGGAGCUGGACCUGUCCCAUAAUGCCAUCGAGGCCAUUGGGCCUGCAGCCUUCUCAGGUCUGGCUGGGGGCCUGCGGCUUCUGGAUUUAUCCCACAAUCGCAUCCGAAGAAUUCCCAAGGACGCACUGGGCAAGUUGAGUGCCAAGAUCCGCCUGUCCCACAAUCCACUGCACUGUGAGUGUGCCCUGCAGGAGGCCCUGUGGGAGCUGAAACUGGACCCUGACUCCGUGGAUGAAAUUGCCUGCCACACCUCAGCACAGGAGCAGUUUGUGGGGAAGCCGCUGAUCCAGGUCUUGGACUCGGGUGCCAGCUUUUGCAGUACCCACCGGAAGACCACCGAUGUGGCCAUGCUGGUCACCAUGUUCUGCUGGUUCACUAUGGUGAUUGCCUACGUCGUGUACUAUGUGCGUCACAAUCAGGAGGAUGCCAGGCGACACCUGGAGUACCUCAAGUCCCUGCCUAGUGCACCGGUCUCCAAGGAGCCUCUCAGUCCUGUGCCCUAG